UGUCAGAUCUAGUGAGGCUGCCCGCCGUUCAGCCCCUCUUCUCAUUCAUUCAUCCCCUUUUCUCAUUCAUUCAUCCCAGGUUAGUUAACCUAGACGUCCGAAAGGUCACCCUCAGGAUUUGCCUGUUUGCAGAGGAGCAACGGAAGCAGCAAAAUGUGGAAGGAAAAGAAACAGAGUUCACCUUCUGAUCGUGGCCAGAUUGUUGCCAUCAUCAUCUUUAUUCUCGGUCUGGAAUCUUUGCUGCCCUGGAACUUCUUCAUCACCGCCUCGCAGUACUUUAACACACGGCUGAAUGAGAGCGUCUCCUCUAACGGUACGUCAGCCGCGCAGCAGAGAAACUACAACUACGACAGCUGGAUGGUUUUGCUCUCCCAGCUUCCUCUGCUCCUCUUCACUCUGCUCAACUCGUUGCUCUAUCAGUGGGUGAAGGAGCGUCUCCGCGUGGCCUUCAGCCUGGUCGUCAUCUUCCUCCUCUUCGCCCUCACUGCCGCCCUGGUCCAGGUCGACAUGCAGCCCGACAACUUCUUUUCGGUCACCAUGGCAACCAUUUGGUUCUUCAAUGUGUUCAGUGCAGUGCUGCAGGGCAGCCUCUUCGGGAUGGUCGGCCUGUUUCCUCCUCGUUACAGCACCGUGUUCAUGAGCGGUCAGGGUCUGGCUGGGAUCUUCGCAGGCGUCGCCAUGCUCUGCUCCAUCAUGAGUAAAAGUGACCCAAAGUCAGCUGCCUUGGGAUACUUUGUCACUCCAUGUUUGGUCACGUUAGGGGCUCUUCUCUGCUACCUGCUGCUGCCACACCUGAAAUUUGCUCAUUAUUAUCUGAACAGAAAUCAGGCUGUCAAACUGGACACUUCUAAUAAGCUCCUCAGCAACACAGACAAAAUAGCCUUAAAUGGCAACGAAAAAGACGUGGAGGCGAGAGGAGUCCCAGAGGAGAGUAGAGAGCGCUCUUCUGUCUUCGCUGUCUUUAAAAAGAUCUGGCCGAUGGCUCUGUGUGUGACGUUUGUGUUCGCCGUCACGCUGUCGGUGUUUCCCGUCAUCACAGUCCGAGUGAAGACGGUUUACACGGACAACACUGACUGGGACAAAGUGUUUACCUGUGUGUGCUGCAUUCUUGUUUUUAACAUCAUGGAUUUGGCCGGCCGCAGCGCCCCGUCUCUCUUUCAGUGGCCGUCCAAACAGAGCCGUCUGUUUCCCGUCGCUGUUCUGUCUCGUCUCGUCUUCAUCCCUCUGCUCAUGAUGUGCAACAUUCCCAAGUCGAAGCUCACCGUCCUCUUCAGACACGACAUCGCCUUUGUUGUCAUCAUGGCUCUGUUCUCCUUCUCUAACGGCUACCUGGCGAGCCUCUGCAUGGCCUACGCUCCACAGUUGGUGAGGAGCAGAGACUGUGAGACGGCCGGCUCUCUGAUGACCUUCUUCCUUGUUCUGGGUCUGGCUGUGGGAGCCUCGUUCUCAUUCCUACUGGGAAAUCUGGUUUAGACAAAGUCCACUUAAAAACCCAACAUAAAGCACGUAGAUCAGAACUCUUACUUGUAUUUCUCUUUGCUCAUGUUUGCAUUUAGCACGAUCACUUUUCUUUAUACUGUUUGUAAUUAUUUAACCAUUUUUUUUGUUACUUUUUCAAAACAACUUUAAACAUUUGGAGCACUAACGCCUUGUAUUAGUAAUACAAAUGAUUAAAAUUAGCACUGUUACUACUCGCUAUCGCCCCCCGCUGGUAACAUGAGGUGAAUGCAUAAAAGUGGAAAACUCGUGUUUAGAAGUAAAGAGGUCAUUCGUCAAUGCAGCUAAGAAUUGCUUUCUAACUGUAACACAAAGAACCACAGAAAUCUGUCUUCGUUAAUCUGUAGAUUU